CUCCCCUCCCCCGUCCGUCCUCCUCCAUCACUCUUAUCUACAACACACAACCUGCCAUUAACCCUGCCAAAGAUUCUUAGGCACAUGCACCUGUGCUGUUGCAGCAAUAUGAUAUGUCAUCCGGGACGCCUAGCCUUGAGCCUCACAUCCAGAUGGGAUGGCUCGAAAGCCACGACGCCAGUUGGUAGCUCAGCCUCAGCACCUCGUGCUGCCGAAAGUACUUUCUGCCUUCUUCCCCCAGCUCUUCGUAUCACCGUGCUCUCAAGCAAAUAGCACCGGAUAUCCUCUAUAUUGGUGACUCUUGGCUCUUAGUAUUUUCCUGUCAUGCGAGACUAAUAUCUUUCCCACCUUGCCCACCAUACUCCCUUACUUAUUAAGGAAGGAGGUCAUGCCCGCACUUAUUUCAGCGUUGCCGGCGUUGCUCUUUAUUCUUGAAAGCCUCUAUGGCUACGAACACUACCGAUGAUACUUUGAAGGUUGUAUGUGCGUGGCCACUCUCUGGCCAGUACGGCCCAGGCUCGAGGGCCUUAUAUUACGCCCUCAUCGCCGCAUGCGUCUUUGCCCAGAAGAUAGUUUGGCUGCGGAAAGCCUGUGUGGCGGCAGCUCUCUUGUUUCCAGCCGUCGCCGCUCUCCACGGCAUCGUCCUUGCGGCAGUUCACGUUGAUCAUGCUGUCGAUAUGGAUGUCUUCGGGGCCUUCCAGCUGUGUUCCAUCGGGAUAUUGGCCGCCCCGGUGACGGUCAGGCUGUCUCGGACGUACUUCAAUGACACUGGCCGAAAUCUCAUCUUUUUGUGGACUGGACUCAUUCUUGCCGGGCUCCUAAGCUUGACAGUGGAAUUCUUCCGGAGCAAUGUCACUGAUUGUCCACGCGAUGAUUUUGGCAACGUCCUUUCUCCUGACGCCGGCAAGUUUCAGUAUAAAAGUCAGUGCGGCCUCACAUGCACUGUCGAUGCGGGGCCACACUCUCCUAUGCGAGGUGGUUCGGCCAACAACAUAUACGUUAUCCCAGCCCCAGACAAAUUGACGUUUGGCACGGCAACUCUUCUCGCAGCCGCUUGCUGUAUACCUCCCAUUCUCUCCAUAAUAUCAAUGUGGAAGGAGAUCCUUGAGCUCAAUUACAAGAGAACAUUUCCCGAUCGAAACAAACAAGAAGAAACCAAUGAACUGAUCUCCGGAACUAACGGCGCCACGAUUGAGAAGAUGAGGCAAAUCAACGAGAAGAUUACCGAGUUCUUGUGGGCUGUACAGAUUCCUGUUAUCGGUGCUGCCGUACUCGCAAUACUUGUUACAGGCGAGUUGAACUUUUUCAGCCCUCAAAUACUAUAUCAGACUGAACCUAUAGCCAGCAUUGGCCAAUGGGCUCCAAUCGCUGGUACGGCUCUCGCAGUUUUAGGAUCGCUCUUUGUACUUUUUGACAAAAAGCUUGACGCUGCGACCGCUGGAGUCAACCAGACUAUUACUUCAAGACAAUGUACCUGCUCGGAAAGGGGAGUCAGUCCCGGCCGGUUCCGGAGUCCUGUAAAUUCCACUGCAACUGAAGAUGGCCAAAACCUACACCAUAGCCUCGCGCAUAUUGGGACAAAUGCAAGCAUCGACCGGGGAAAGGACACCACUUGCGUUACCAUGGACCAAACUUUGGAGAGAAAUGGCAAUCCACUUCAGCAUGACGCCGGCAGCAGACGCAAAGUGGCUAGCGUGUUGCAAGCGGUCGCUCGUUAUGUGGGAACCGCACAUCGCCGCUUUGACGACUCCGAGUUCAAAAAUGGCGAAGCACAGGGUUACCCUUGGGUUCCGGGAGAGCCAGCACGAAAUUCGCAUUAUGGAGAGAUUACACGGUUUCAGAGCUCUCCUAUGCUUCGCGGACGCUCUAGAGUUCCCCCCGACAUUGGUGUCGAUUGUAGCGCGGCAGCGGAUAGGGCACAGUCACCUCUGUCGCCACAGUCCCCGGACUCCUUACCACCAUUUCCCCCACUUGAUUCAGAUACUGUGCCACAAUCGGGCCCUUCACGGACUGAACCGGCUCUUUCCGACCCGUGUGCCAGCCCAACUGGGUCUGGACCGCAACAGCGGCGGGACACUCUCCAGGUGCCAGUGACGGCAUAUCAUGGUCACACUCAUGGGGACUAUUUGGCCACCUCUAGCUCAAAUAUCCCCGUUGGGCAACUUCCUCCUGUUAUCGUGGUGUCUCCCCAUGUGAACUCAGCCUCUGUGUCUGUCAAGGCGUCUGGAUCGCGCACUCCGUGAGAAUCCCACCUAGGGCUUAUCAAGCUUCCUGCCUUGCAGACUCGCUGUUCAAGCUCCCUGGUUACAUGUCUCCCUUAUCUGAAAGGUCGCACUCCCGACGACGAGCAUGCGAGACGAGACAAGGCUGAAUCUUGUUGGCUGGUACACAAUCUCCGGGAAUUGGGAUCCGCAUUGGAGCUCUCGGGGUAUCAUGCGGACGUUUGGGCGCAACGAUGCCCGAGGGUCCGCAGCCUUUACGAGAAUUAUUGGUGGAUACGGGACGACGAGAAGUGUUUGGAGUCACGCCACGGCAUAACCAUGCCGUUUGUCGGCCAUCAUCGUGAGAUCCAGCUCAGUAUUCCACCUCCUUUGCAGGAUAAUGGCCCAUCAUUUCGUCGUUGAAGGUGCCAGACACCCAUGAUGAAUGGUUUGCAACGCCCGACUCGGACCCUGUUCAUGUUCAUCCAAUCAGCGGACUCAAACUCAAUUAACCAGCGAAGGCUACUUUGUUAGGGUCCAAUACUAGGAGCACCUAGACUUGCCGCCAUGGCGUUGCUGGUAAUUAUCGGCUUGAGAGCGAUUGACACAGGCCGCUGCGGGAAUGGUUAUAUGUUGACCCAGCAUAUCUUCACCCAGCAUGUGUGCAUGGCUCAACAAUAAUAUCCUGAUGUCAUGUCAACAUCAUGAAGGAGGACACCAACACGUCGACCACCUCUCCAGAAGAGUUCCCUUUACGUUAUACAAUAAUACGUUUCACAACACUGCAAAUGCCGUACUGCAGAUCCGGCUCCCGUACGCACGAUUAAGCAGAAGAACCACUAGGUACUGUACUGUACCUAGCAAACGAAGGGUGGAGGUGUGCUAUUAUGUACUGUACUGUACUACAUAUAUUCUAUAUCAACAGACCGCAUCACGUUCAUAUCAUUCCUUGUAUUGUACCCCCACUGCAGUCACCGGAUAAGGGAGAACCAACCUUUGACUGAGUCAGACUGACCACUCUUACUGUUAUAUACUACUUACUACUGUGCUAUAAACAUC